CUACUGUACAGCUAGUUGACUGCGUGACAAAUGACUUGGACAUGAACAAGCGUGUGUACGGGAGUGCAUGUAUGUGUACGUGUGAUAUGUAUCUACCCACAACAGGUACACAUCUUAACGGACAUGGCACAGUAGAGAAAUAGCCUCCCUUAGUUUUAGUAUAGCUGUCCUCCACACUGUGGUUCACAUAGUUGAAAUGUUGUCUACAUCCUUGUCUCUUAUCCUGGGCGUUGAUUUCUGCCUUACAAGUCUGUUGGAACAAUUCACUGCAAACAAUGCUUGUGUUACGUAAUGAUAAUGGAUAAACUUUGGGGAUAUUGGAGAAGAUGCUGUGUCGUCAUUUUAAUUGCGUUGACGACAUUGUACUUAUUUACUAGCAGAUACUCUUUCUUAGACAGACAACCAUGGAACGAAAUUUCAUCCAGAAACAAACUCAAGUCCACCCCACAACAGCACAUCUACUACCUGAAGAACCACAAGACUGGCAGCACUACCAUCUACUCCAUACUGGCUGAGUACUGCAGGGCUCACGAGCUGACAGCACUAAUGCCCUCUGACCUCCACAUCAACCAACGUCCCCCCUUUCACUCCAGCCAAGUUAUGAUCUUCCCGGGUGUUACCAAAUAUGACAUGGUGUUCACGCAUCACGUCUAUAGCGAAGACAUUUUCACCUACCUUCAUAACGACACUUUCAGGUUCACUUCAUUGCGAGAACCUUUAAAACAGUUCAUUUCAUCUUUCGUUUAUUUCAGAAAUAAUAAUUUCACUUAUUUGUCUAAUAUCAUUUCUGACGAUCCAUUAAAAACCUUUCUCGAAAAUCCACAAAAAUACGAAGCCAAUGGUUAUAGCUCAUACACAAACAAUCGUCAGUCAAUGGAUCUAGGUUACGAUCUAUCUCACGGGUUCAAUGACCUAGCUUACAUAAAUAUCUUCAUCUCACUGACAGAGAAGCGGUUUGAUCUGGUUCUUAUUACCGACUACUUUGACGAAUCUCUCAUUGUCUUAAAGAGAAAGUUGCGCUGGUCAACGUCGGACAUUUUAUACUUUAAGAAACUAGAAAGCAACGAGUCGCGGCAGGUUUUGGAAAGGCUCUCCGACUCUCAGAGAACUCAGCAUGCUCAAGUGUCCACUGCGGAUAUCUUGCUAUACCAGCACUUCUUAAAGAGGCUCAAGGAAAUCAUGUCUAAAGAACUUGGCCUUCCAGAAGAAGUCAAAGAAUUCCAAUCUGUCUUAUGCCGAGUUCGAACUUUUUGUAGCAAAGUUCAGAAUUUAAAUGCAGAACUGAAGAUACAAGCUGGACGAUGGACAAACGAAUUUGUUUUUAUGUUUUCCAAAUGCAAAUGGUUAACAUUAGAUGAGAUUUUAUUUACCAAAUAUUUAAAGAGCCUCUACACUAUGAGGCAAUCCUAGGAGGCAACACAACAGGUAUAAAGAGCAUUCACAAAAUGCAAACAAAUUUAAUUGAAAUAAAAAGUAUUAAUUUUAAAAUAAUAAAACUCAUUAUGUAAUAUAUUGAUCCAUUUAUAUAACAAUAAUGAUGUUAUUAUUGUAUUUGUGACAUGUUUCUACAUUAGAAUCUAAAAUGGUUUUAUUAUAGUGCUCUCAUUAGCCAUCCUCUUGUUUUAAAUUCUAUUUUGUGUUCAAAGAGAAAGACUAGUCUCUUCCAAGAUGAAUACAUUUUCUCUGACUUACAAUAAAAUUGGGGGCAGGCUGAGGAUGAAGGGCAGAAAAUGACAGACAGGCAGCCAGAUAGACUACACAGAUUAAAACAUGUCUGUUCUUUUUAUGUGACAAGUCUCAAAUAUAAAAAAGAAGAUACGGUCAAGAGACAGAAGGAGAUAAUUACCUAAACCAAGCGUAGGGCUAGUAAACAAAUAAGUCAUGACAGAUUCAAGAGUAGGGCUAGUGAAGAAAUCAGUUUUGACCUUGGGCGUAGCCAGGAUUUUUUUUUGUGUGGGGUGGGAUUUUUCGCCCCACCCACCGCAAAUAUAUAUAUAUAUAUAUAUAUAUAUAUAUAUAUAUAUAUAUAUAUAUAUAUAUAUAUAUAUAUAUAUAUAUAUAUAUAUGUGUGUGUGUGUGUGUGUGUGUGUGUGUGUGCACAUAAUUAAUCUUUAUUACAUUCUGAUCCUUCAUUCUAUUGGAAGACGUUUAUUGAAUAGGUUCUUACUGGAAAUAGUGGAUAAAUUGUAGACUCCCCCGCCAUUGGCAGCAAGGGGGUCUGGGGGGAGCUCUGAGAGCCAAACACUAUUUCCGGUAUUGAAAGUCAACAAAAUACAUAUUAUUCUGAGGUAUCUACAGUGCAUUCUCCUGCUAUUAAAAAGUUUUAUUUCUAAAAACCUUAUGUGCUGAUCCUCCAACGUCGUUCGGCGCAUUUGCCGUCAAGCUGCUUCCACAAUAAUCUGUCACUGGCAAUGUCCGAAGCCUCUUCCCACCUGUUCUGAGAACCUCCAUGAAAGUGUGGCGCCAUGUUGUACUAGGAUGUCCCUGUUUGCUCUUUCCACGUAAUGGCCUCCAUGUCAUCGCAACUCUUAUUAUGCGUAAUUCAUUUUGUUGGAGAACAUGUUCCGCAAACCUCAUGCGACGCUCUGUCACAACCUUACUAAGGUGUCGACUGCCAGUUCGGCAUAGGAUUUCCUUGAUUGAGACCCGAUCUCUAUAACUGACUCCUAAUAUUCUUCUUAGCUACCUUUGUUGAGCCACAUUUAGUCUUUUUCAAUUUCGACAUAUGACUAUUCACUACACUUUAUUAAUGGAACCCAGCCACUGGUAAAAAAAAUUAACCUCUCUUGGCUACGAUCUUGGAAUUAGGUGACUGUAGUUUGCUUUAGAUUUUAUAUAGGAAAAGGAAGUUUUAUCGUAAAAAUCAUUUUAGGGGGUUUUAUACUAUAUACUAAGAGGUAUUUUUUUAGCUUCAAACCCCGCUGUAGGGGGGUUUAAACUUAAAACCUCUUUCGCUAAGCUUAUAGAUUUCUGAGUGUGUAGUCUGCUUUUUUUAUAUUGAAGAGGUGGUUUUUAGCUCUAAACCCCACUGAAGGGAGGGUUUUAAACACCAAACCCCUUUGGACUACGCUCAUAGAAUCUGGUGACUGAUGUAUGGGUAGUCUUAUAUUGAAGUUGGGGUUUUAUCUUAAAUUUUGGAGGGGGGUUUAAAAUCAAAAUCUUCCUUAAGCUUUGCUCUUGGAAUUUGGGGAUUGUCGUUUGCCUUUUUAGCGGAAAAGACGCUAUUAGUUUUGUGUGAAAUGUCUGUCCGUCCCGUUUAGAUCUCGUAAACUAGAAAAGAUAGUGAAAAUCCGACAUCAUACUAUUUUAGUCCAUUCAAAGUUCUGAUGCAAACAGCUACUUUUUUCUUUACUAAAAGCAAAAAAUCUAAUUUUUUAAAUCACCUAUGCAAGCAGUUUUUUUUUUCAUAAAAAUACACCACUUUUACAACUAUUCACUAUUAAUAGUAAAAACACAGGAGGCUUUUUAGCAGGGAAAACAUACACUAAACAUAUUUUUAACACAUUUAUGCAAAUGGUUUUAGACUUUUUUUUUAAAUUAUUUUUUUCAACAUUUGUAUUGCUACGUUAUGUAAAUUCUGUCAUAAUAACUACGUUUAUCCAAAAAUAAUGUUUACUUUUUUUUAAGAGAAAAAAAUCUAUUUAGUAUGCAUAUAAGUUGGACAUAAUUUAAAACAACAAUUGAUAAGUAGGUUUUCAUAUUAUCGCGUGAACUGCAGUGCUGGUACAGUGUUUCAGGAUUUGAAUAAGAGAUGACCGUUUACAAAACAAUUAGAUACUUAUUAUAAGACAUCAGUUAGACAAUUUCACAUUCACUUUCACCUAUCCUUUGGUCUGCUGGACCGAUGGGGCACCACACAGAUCUGCCAACCUUCUUUCUCCAUCAUUUGUCUUUGAUAGAAUUUAAUUCUGAUGCUCUUUCUGAAAAUAUUAAUACUUGCCUUUUUACCUACCUGGGUGGACCACUUCGGGGGCCGAUUUUGAGUUUGUGUUUCCACACAAACUGUCUUUGUAACCUUAUUUUUGGUUUUGUUUUAUAUAAGAGGAGGAUUUGACUGCAAAACCCACUGGUAGGAGUUUUAAACUCAAAAUGCCCUUCGCUGCGCUGGGGCAAGUGAUGGUUUAGUAUUACAAUCUCACCUAAAAUAAACAGAAUCAAAGCAACAAAAUCAGUCACUAAAUUCCGAUCCUCUUUGAACCCCGACCCCCCCUCCGGCUACGCCCAUGGUUAUGACUUUUGAGAUAUUACUUUAUGUUGCUAUUUCCAGGGGCGGACAGGGUGUCUAAAUCGGCCCUGCCGUUACCAAAUAUCCUGCUCACGAAUUACUUACCACCUCAAAAGGUAUUCAUUCGUACAUGUCAUGUGGUGAGUGACAUAAUGCACUGAUAAUUGAACGCAUGAAAGCGCCAUGUACGUAACGUAAAGUAUUUCUGUGGAAGUACUCAAUGUGUCCGAGCUUUUUUACUAUGGAAAUCAAUAACUAACUCAAUUUCGUAAACAAAUUAUCUCUUCAGUUGGCCUUUAGCUAAUUUGAAUCUUUUGACACCAGUAUGUUCGGACUAAAGAUACUUCUUAUCUUUGGUUAUAAAAACAGAUGCCCUGAGUUGUUUGUUAACUCUUUCUCUCCUAAUUGACGAUCCCAUCGUUGAUUUGACCUCAUUAAAUAAAAUUAAUGUUUAAUUUUAUAAACGUUGUUUUUUUUUUUUGUCAUGUAAAAAGAUCAUGCAUUGCCCUUUAAUUCUAUACUAAAUAAAACAUUUUUGGAUAAUAAACAACAAAGUUAUUGAAGCUUAAUCAUAACAGGCUAGUGAAAUAGUCAUGUUACAAAUGAAGAAUUCCGUCGAAUCGAGGAAAAGUAAUUAGGGAGAGAAAGAGUUAAUAUUUAUUAUGUAUGCUUUUAAGGGAUUGAAGCAGGGUAAACGGAUUGAAGUUAUUAACAUUAUUGCAGAGAAUUUUUAGACACUUCGAAAUCUGUAAAAAAUCUUUUCUAAAUAUUCUAAAAAUCUUUUUGUGUAUUUUCGGUAGUUACCGCGAUUCCAAGCGCCUAUUCGACGCUAAGCCAUUAGGGUGCCGGCCCACAUGCCCAGUUCGCCCCUGGUUAUAGGCUCUAUUCUUCUAGAAAUAGAUCUUUUGUUUGAGAUAGAUCUUUGUGAUGUUAUAUCUUUAAGUUAUAUUGAGAAACUUUUUUUAAAGACUGAUUUCGUGAAAAAUUGAAUUGUUAGCAUGACAAAUUUGAAUGCCCGUGUGACAUGACAGAAGUUUGUAUUGUAGACAUUGAUUUCCACUUGUAAGUUUACGAAUUUUUAGUGUCAGAAAAGUUAUGUCUUAGCCCAAACAUCCUUAAGGGCGGCGGGCUGGGUGCAAACACGGGGUCAUCGAAAGUCGAGAGAGUAUAAAAUACAAUCAGACAAUCAUUCCACCACUCAGUAAUUGACUACUCCCUAGUGUCCUAUGUAAUAGAAUUUUCUUUGGUUAGAAAAACAAUGGGCCUAUAUUGUAUUACUUGUGAGCCUAACUAUAUAUCGAUUGUAAUAAUGUUGUCUAAACACCUGAAAGUGGAUCAUUUAUGAACAGAAAUUCUUCAGAUUUUCUGUUUCUUUGGAACUCAAUGUCUAGGAGGAGGCUUCAGACAUUGCCAGUGACAGAUCAUUAUGGAGACAGCUUGCCGCCCAAUGCGCCGAACGACGCGGGAGGACCUAAGUCUAAGUAAAUGUCUAGUCCCACAGCAAUAGUCUAGCACCAGAACGUGAAAACUGUUUAUAGCUCAAGGGAGAAAAAUCUGGUGAAAGAAAAUUUUGAAUCAAACACUGAACUAGAAACCUGGCCUCAACAUGUUCUGUUCUAGAUGCUUUUAUUUCUGUACAGUAAAAGAUAAACAAUUGUACAUAAGGCUUGGUGGCUGAGCAAUGAAGCGCUUGGCUUCUGAACCGGGGCACAUUUACUUUUUCAUAUUAUUACACGUACAAUUGAAAACUUGGUCUAACAUUAAAUACAUUCAAACAGCAAAUCAUGCAGAUCAUUCCAAUGACAUGAUAACAAGAGUUACCAUAACAUACAUACAAUUAUAAUAAAGUUUUUUAUAUAACAUUUCUACAAAAUGAUAAUUCUACAACUAUAAAGUAUUAUUGCAUGACUAAAUCUCAAUAAAUAUGACAUACAUUUAUCUGUCCACAUUAUAUUUGACAAAAACAAGUAGGUGAUGAAACUGACUCUUCUGGUUUAAAUUUAGUCCAAAAUGAGACAAUUUAAAAGUUUGAUGAAUAUGAACAAAUCAUACUUGCAGACAAAAACAAGAAAAGAAAAAGAAAACCUAACUUAUAAGUCACUGCUAGAAAUUGUAAUCCAAUAAAUAAAGUCUUAUGAAGACAAAAUACAUUGAAAAAACAAAAGUGAUGAAUAGAAAAAUGUACAAUGUACUUUGUUCAACUGAAGUAUUUUUUUUUUGUAAUUUGUACCUAUUAUUAUUAGUGGCGUAAAAGUCUAAUCAGGAAUAUUACAUAUUGCCAGUACAAGUAGAACUAUUAUUAGGUGAAGCUUUAGUUUUGUUUAUAAAUGUGUAUAAGUCAAUGAAAUAAUCAUGUAAUAGACUAAAGAACAAUGUCAUUCAAAUCUAGGUCAUACAAAGCAAUGAUUCCAAGAAUGUCAAAAUUUAAAGAUAAAAGUAGCAAGUCAAAAAAAUCAUAAAUUUAGUUUCAAAUAAAAAAAAGGCACUGACUAGCUAUGUUUUUCAAACCAGAACUCUCCAUGGUUAGUACCAAGAGAUUUGUGGCAGAAGUUGAACAUAACAAUGAAUGUUUCGUCUUACUUUUUCAAUCCACUAAGUUUUAGUUCAAAGAAUGAUUUUAUAGUGUGACAUUAUUCUUGCUAUUACACAGAGCAUUUCAUACAUUACUAUUCACAGAAAAUGAGUUCAGACUUUGCUGGCUUCCUUUAAGUGGAUAAUGUUGACUCUUAAAACCCCUAAAUAAUUGUUUAUUUCUUUUCAAAAUUCACUAUAUCAACUGAUGGAAACUAUGAAAUUAGUAAUACUUUUUAAACUAUCUCAUUCUGUAUCCAAUCUAAUCAUGUAUAUGUAAAUAUAUGAACACAAAUCAAUUAGAUAAUGCUUUAAUGUUUUAAUGUUUAAAUUUGAUUUGCUUUGUAUCAUGAGCACAGAAUCUAUUUCUCUCUUGACUGCUCUCUUCUUCAACCAGACUGUUCUUUGCACACACAUUUAUUUGUUGAUAACAUUUAUAUGUGACAAUUGGUGAACUGUCUUUUUCUAUUUUUUCUUUCUAUUGGUUGUGAGAUAGUGUGAUAAACCUUUUUUCACCAUGGUCUGCUACACCCCUGCCUUUCAAUUUAGACUGCCCACUGUAGAAAGAAUGAUACCUUUCCAUUUGUUAGUCCAUAAUAUCACAUUUGUUUUAACGCUAUUAAAUGGACACUUUCAGCUUGCUCUUAUCUGCAAGUCAAAACUGGUAUAAAGGGACAUUGAUGAAUAUGUUAGCAUCAAUGUGCACAAAAGAGACAUUGAUGAAUAUGUUAGCAUCAAUGUGCACGAAAGAGACAUUGAUGAAUAUGUUAGCAUCAAUGUGCAAGAAAGAGACAUAGAUAAAUAUGUUA